AGCAGCUUCUCCAACUCUGCUAUUUCGUCGUUCCAUCCUUCUUCAUCUGGGUGCAAAACAGCAUCGCAGCACACACACACACACACACGACAAGGGAUCGACGAGGCUUUGGCAAACAGUUCACUUGGAAUCAGAAGGUACGACGUGGUACAAAUAACAUGCGCUGCUCUACUGUAUUCGAAUCACGACAGGCUUCACACAUCUCGCAACCAGUGUAGAUCAAAGCCGUAGAUCCCCACGAGCCGUUCCCGUAUCAAACAAAUCCAAGAAGCUCACAUCUUCCGCAUCGCCGUAGCUUCCUUUCUUGCCUUUUUCCUCCAUGUACAUAGGCGUAGAAGAAGAACGGAACAGUCCAAACUAGAUCGAGGCCUAUGCAUCAUAGGCGGUAACACACACACACACACACAACUCUUUAUAUAUUUUCUUUUCUUUUUUAAUGCUUGCUGGGUCCACCGCUUCGUUGCCGCAUUCUGAGGCCGUUGUGAACUCCGCUGUCUUCUCUGGCUCUACCUACUCGUCGUGUGCUUCGUCCGUGGAGCCACACGGCACGCGUUACUCGCGUCGUGCCAGCGAAUCCCCGCCACUGCGGUCGGUCGACGUCACCGAGGCGCCUCACGACGGCGACGACAAAAGCGAGCUCAACCCUAUUGCCCGAUCACCGGCAAGCGUGAGGAACGGAAGCGAUUGCAAUAGCCGCAGCAGAAGCCUUAGCACCACCAGCAGCUGCAGCAACGCGCGUCAAGACGUGACAGAGCCGCUAAAGCUCAACAGCUCUGAUAAUUGUGACAUGCGCCACGGUGUAAAAGAUGCGCCUGCGGGUGCAGUGGCUGCUGCUGCCGCGCCCGCGGAGGGAAGGAAUGACGGCACCCCUCCUGCGGCCGCACACGCGUCCACGUCGGCCAGCACUUCUCCAGAGACGCUGCUCGCACUUCUUUCGCCGGAGCAGCUAGAGACCGCGCUUCAGCUUUACGUAGACAGAGGUGGCAUCCACGCGUACGAGGUAGCCGCCCUGCUCACGCGGCUGCCUUUUAUUGACACGUCUGCUGUACACCCCUCGCACGCGCUGUCGUCGGCGUCGUCGUCUCCGGACAAGGGUGAAGACGCAGAGGACGCUACGGAGUCGUCGUCCUCCCUGCUAGACCCAGAGGGGUGGCUAUGUGCGGUCGCCGUCGCUGCCACGGCUGAUGCUGGUGCUGCUGCUGCUGAUACUCCGGAUGGUGUGCCCGACAAUGACGAUGCAACAUGCGACGGCACUCCAGAGUCUGCUCGCUCGCCGUCCGUGCACGCCGGUGCGGACACCCAGCAGCCGAAGCAUCGCUAUCCGCUGAUGAACAGUCGGUACGACAGCGCUUCGUCGGGGCGGUCAAGAGGAAGUGUUGCGUCGUCGCAGCCGGCUGCCGUCGCGCCGAGCCCGGAGGAAGGAGCACCUGCAGCGGCGCGUGAAGGACGACUUCCAGGCCGAAGGUCCCCCACGCCGCCGACGCCAGCGAUGCGCACGUUAGCCUUCGACCUCGACGACGGCGCGGCGGCGGUGGCGGAGUGGUCGGGGGUGCCGCGGCGGCCGAGUCUGCCCCCGCUGCCGCCGCGUCCCACGUCCUCCUCCCUGCACUCCCUCCUUUCCCCAGCCGCCCUGUCGCUCUCGUCGUCGUCGCAGGCGCUUCAACCCAAGCGACCGGGCGGCCGCCAAGCAAGUACGACGACGGCUAGUAGCAUCAGCACCACUACCACCAGCAACGGCCGUCGCCCACCGCGCAGCUCCCCGCCGACCAGCAGCAGCACACCGUCCUUUUCUGUCUCCCCGCCGGCGCAGCGCCCGACGGAGGUGCCUCCGCUGACCGCAUCGCUGUCCUCCACGUCAACCCGCCACAGCUCCCUGCCGUCCGCCAUCGCCGCCGCGGCGAGGGCCGAAGAGGCGGGGGUGCGCACUGUUUUUCAGCAGUGCCUUCGUUCACCGCGCGCGGCGGCUACCGCGACGCUGUCGGAGAACGAUUGGGUGGCGUUGGUGGGGGAGCUUCGGCGUGGUGGGCAUCGAAAGUUCCCUCCACAGGCGGUUCUGGACGACGUGGCGAGGACCAUCACAGAAGAAAUGCAGCGGAGCAAGCGAACAGAAGGGCUGACUGUAUUCGACUUUGAACGGGUGGUGCACACGCAGCUAGACGAGGUACGGCGUGAUUUGCAGUUGAAUCCGGCGACGGCUGCGGCGUCGCCUUCGUCGAUGGAUGUGGCGGUCAACGUGGUCUUUCCGGCACACCCGAACUACUGCUUCACCCUCCCACCAAAAGCAACAGAGGCAUCAGGCGUCCACUGCGGCAGCGGCAGCAGCAGUGUCGCCCGUGCUCGUCGCUCUUCCCUUUCGUCGCACUCCGGAAUGAAGCAGCCUUCGACCCCCGCAAGCCAGUGGCGUGUGCUGCCGACGUGGUGCAUAACGCUGGCUGCGCUCUUCCCGCUUGAGAUGUGUGCGGUGUGUCCCAUGCCGGUGGUGCGCUACCUACGCAGUGUGGGGCUUGUCAACGCGGUGCUCGAGGCGCUGGUGCAGCGGCUGGAGGUGGAGGUGGAGGCGAUGCCCAACGCAGCUUUUUUUACCCCGGCGGGUGCCACUGCUUCCGCUUCUCUUUCGGAGAUGCGUUCGCAGGGCUUGAACGCGGUGCCCGGGUCGUCGCAGCAGCAGCGGCCACGAGGGAAGGAAGGUGAUUCCGUCGCGGCUUCCGCGUCCUUUGCGGCGAUGAGUGCACCGGGAACUAACGGUGCGAGUAGCUUUAUGUGGCCCCCACGCGCCAAUUCGCUCAUGUCUUUUCUGAUGAGCGCUGCUGCCGCUGGUGGCGGUAGUGUCUCCGCUGCACGCCCCACCAGCUCCGUCGUCCUCACAAGCGCGUCGCGAGACAGUGCGCCAUGGAAGGAAAGCCCGGAGUGGCGCCCAACAACAACGGAGGACGCGCCCUGCAACGCGCCUUGCUCGCAGGUGCACUCGUUGGAAAGGGGAGGCGAUGGACUCUUUGCCGCGAGUUGUUUCGUGGGGGACGCAGGGACUAGAGGACUCGCUGCUUCGUCGAAUCGACAGCUUUCCGCCAGCGCACCGGUGGGUCGGCAGGACGACCAGCGCCCCCGCUAUUUGACCGAGCGACCACCGGAUGAGAUCACUACGUCCGUGGUGGCCCGCGCGAAGGCACGGCGCCUGAUGGACUCCCUGCGCCGUCACACCGUCCCAAUCAAUCGCUACGAGUGCUUUGCGCGCGUCGAGCACGAAGAUGAGCCGGUGCAGAAGCCGUUGUGCUUUAUUUCAAAGGCAGAUCUGGAGAGGACGUUUGGCGGGUCGGAUGACGGGGCCGCCGCGGACGAUGACUCGGACGCGAUGUCGGACGUGAUCGCCACGCUGACCUACGACCCAUCUGCAGCCGCCGAUGCCGCUGCUGCGAUGGCAGCGGAAACGCAAAACGCCCAGCGCGACGGCGGGGUGAAUGGACACCCCUCAGCGGAUGGGCAUCGCACCGUGUACACCAAUCAGCGCCGGCUCUCCGCGCCGUCACCGCAGCUGUCCCGCGCGUCCGCCGCCAAUUAUUUCCCCAACGUCUUCUCUGGCUUCACACGGGCGUCGACGAUGAUGCGUCGCCGCGCGUCUUCUCCAACAAGCACGCCCUUCGACGUCGACGCGCCGGCGGCCGGUUCGCGUGCGACGAGCGCGAGUGCCGCACUGGGGCCUUCUGGAGCUCGCCGGCAGCACCGCCGGUCACCGCCGCCGCCGCCACCACCCGUGCCGGGGAUGUUUCGCAUGGGCGGCGUGCUGCUCGGGGCGCUGCCGAAGAAACAGGAGGCGGCCUUGGUGGAGCGUCUUAGCCACCCGAUCUUCGACCCGCACACGAUGGGUCUGCGCGCGGCUUCUGUGAAUGCGACGCGGCCUCCUUCGGCCCCCAUCGCCGGCGUGCCUCCGCACCACAGAACAACAUCGCCGCGGGUGCACGGGACGGAUCCGGUGUCCACUGCUGCCGCCGCCGUGCUGAAGCGCCAAGCAUCGCCUGAGGCUUCCGGGGAGUUGAACACUCCAGCUAGACGGCCCCCCUCAUCGCCGCAGCGUCGGGCAGCAGGGGCGCCUUCUCCGUCUCUCUCUCCAUCGCAGCUUCACCUCAGAUGUCGCAAGUGGAGGUCGAACAACGACUCCGCAGCUGAUCCUUUCUCCAAACUGAUAUUCAAAGUAGCACCGAUGCGCGAAGCACGGGAGUCACCCACGGGCCGAAUCGCACGCCAACGCAGAUCAGGCGCAGCACGACGAAGGCCAGCGUCGACCGCGCAGCAGCAGCGGGGCAACAAUAACGUGCACAGACCUCCUCCCCCUCCUGAAAAUCGAAAACGCACUGCUUCCGCUGAAGCGGGAAGUGAUGCGUCUUCCCCACCCUUCGCGGCGAGCCGAGUGCGCAUGCCACGGAAUGGGCAGCACAACACCAUCGCGUACGCCUCGAAGGUGCCACGACCGCGUCGAAGCAACAUUACUCGAGAAAGAGCCAACGACGGCGGAAGAGGAAAGGGAGGGGACACGCGAACGCCGGUGUGGUACACGGCGCACCACGAUGACGCUGCGGCGGCACGACGACACGCCGAGUUUAUCUUGUCAGAGCGAGAAGAGCGCCCGCCCGAUCGAGCGCCACGGCCGGCGCCGAUGUCACUGUACGAGCGGCAGCUCCUUCGUCAGCUUCAACGCGCCUACACGGCGGAGCGUGUCCCCGGCAACUGA